AGGCGGGCGGGAGUCGUGCGUGUCCGCGCGGGAUUUGGCGCGGAGGCGGGGGUGGUGAGAAAGAGACGUGGCUGCAGCUCCUAAGCCCGGUGGGCUGCUGGGAGGAGAGCGGAACAGUGUUCGCGGCACUGGCGGCUGCGGGAGGCUUUAAUUUCCUGAGGGUGGGCACGGAGUGGCCUUCACCUCUGAUUUCCCCGCCAUGCACGGGCUCCCGGGAUGAUCUUCCCCGUCGUCCGCUGCGCGCUCCGCUGUCUCCGUUUGCCCGGAGGCAGAAACUUGUCUGCCUCGGCCAUGGAGGUGGCCUUCCGAGGCGUGCGAAAAGUCCUCUGUGUGGCCGAGAAAAACGACGCGGCCAAGGGGAUCGCCGACCUGCUGUCCAACGGUCGCAUGAGGCGGAGGGAAGGACUUUCGAAAUUCAACAAGAUCUAUGAAUUUGAUUAUCAUCUGUAUGGCCAGAAUGUUACCAUGAUAAUGACUUCGGUUUCUGGACAUCUGCUGGCUCAUGAUUUCCAGAUGCAGUUUCGCAAAUGGCAGAGCUGCAAUCCCCUUGUCCUCUUCGAAGCAGAAAUUGAAAAGUAUUGUCCAGAGAACUUUGUAGACAUCAAGAAAACUCUGGAACGAGAGACUCGGCAGUGUCAGGCCCUGGUGAUCUGGACUGACUGUGACAGAGAAGGUGAAAAUAUCGGGUUUGAGAUUAUCCACGUAUGCAAGGCUGUGAAGCCCACUCUGCAGGUGCUGAGAGCCCGUUUCUCUGAGAUCACCCCCCGAGCCAUCAGGAUGGCCUGUGAGAACCUGACCGAGCCCGACCAGAGGGUGAGCGACGCCGUGGACGUGAGGCAGGAGCUGGACCUCAGGAUCGGAGCUGCCUUCACUAGGUUCCAGACUUUGAGGCUUCAGAAGAUCUUUCCCGAGGUAUUGGCAGAGCAGCUGAUCAGUUACGGCAGCUGCCAGUUCCCAACACUGGGGUUCGUGGUGGAGCGGUUCAAAGCCAUUCAGGCUUUUGUGCCAGAAGUCUUCCACAGAAUCAAAGUGACUCAUGACCACAGAGAGGGCACCGUGGAAUUCAGCUGGAAAAGGCACCGCCUCUUCAACCACACGGCAUGUCUCGUCCUCUACCAUCUGUGCAUGGAGGAUCCCACGGCAACCGUGGUGGAGGUCAGUUCUAAGGCAAAGAGCAAGUGGAGGCCUCAAGCUUUGGACACUGUGGAGCUUGAGAAGCUGGCUUCUCGAAAGUUGAGAAUAAAUGCUAAAGAAACCAUGAGGAUUGCCGAAAAGCUCUACACUCAAGGGUACAUCAGCUAUCCCCGAACGGAAACAAACAUUUUCCCCAAAGACUUAAACCUGACAGCACUGGUGGAGCAGCAGACCCCGGACCCGCGCUGGGGGUCCUUUGCCCAGAGCAUCCUAGAGCGGGGUGGCCCCACCCCACGCAACGGGAACAAGUCUGACCAAGCUCACCCGCCCAUCCACCCCACGAAAUAUGCCAGCAGCUUGCAGGGAGAUGAACAGCGACUGUACGAGUUCAUCGUUCGCCAUUUCCUAGCUUGCUGCUCCCAGGAUGCCCAGGGGCAGGAGACUACUGUGGAGAUUGACAUUGCUCAGGAGCGCUUUGUGGCCCAUGGUCUCAUGAUUCUGGCUCGAAACUAUCUGGAUGUGUACCCAUAUGAUCGCUGGAGUGACAAGACCCUCCCUGUCUAUGAGAGAGGCUCCCGCUUCCAGCCCAGCACCGUGCAGAUGGUGGACGGGGAGACCAGCCCCCCUCAGCUGCUCACCGAAGCUGACCUCAUUGCCCUCAUGGAAAAGCACGGCAUUGGCACUGAUGCUACGCACGCGGAGCACAUCGAGACGAUCAAAGCCCGGAUGUACGUCGGGCUCACCCCGGACAAGAGAUUUCUCCCUGGGCACCUGGGCAUGGGACUUGUGGAAGGGUAUGACGCCAUGGGCUACGAGAUGUCCAAGCCUGACCUCCGGGCUGAGCUGGAAGCCGACUUGAAGCUCAUCUGUGAGGGGAAGAAGGAUAAGUUUGUGGUUCUAAGGCAGCAAGUCCAGAAAUACAAGCAGGUCUUCAUUGAAGCCGUGGCUAAAGCUAAGAAAUUGGACGAGGCUUUGUCCCAGUACUUUGGGGAAGGGGCAGAGGUGGCCCAGCAAGAAGCCAUCUACCCGGUUACGCCAGAACCUGUCAGGAAGUGUCCGCAGUGCGGCAAGGACAUGGUCCUCAAGACCAAGAAGAGUGGCGGGUUCUACCUCGGCUGCACGGGCUUCCCAGAAUGUCGGUCCGUCGUGUGGUUCCCCGACUCUGUGCUGGAGGCCAGCAGGGAUGGGAGUGUGUGCCCCGUGUGUCAGCCACACCCUGUUUACAGGUUGAAGUUCAAGUUUAAACGCGGUAGCCUUCCCCCAACCAUGCCCCUGGAAUUCGUAGGCUGCAUCGGCGGAUGUGAUGAAACCCUGAGGGAGAUCUUGGACCUAAGGUUUUUACGGGCCCCGCCAAGAGCUGGCCCGCCAGCCAGCCAGCCCUCUGGCUACCUGCAGGCUAGCCAGUCCUCGAACAGGACAGACAGCAGCCAGCGCAGCCACCCCCCACCUCCUGAUGCCAGGCCAAGCAGGCCCUUGAGGGCUCUGGCCCAGAAUCUACCACCGCCCGCUGCUGCUGGUGAGAGCAACUCCGUGGUCUGCAACUGCGGCCAGGAGGCCCUGCUGCUCACUGUCCGGAAGGAGGGUCCCAACCAGGGCCGGCAGUUCUAUAAGUGCCAGGGCGGCAGCUGCAGCUUCUUCCUGUGGGCCAACAGCAGCGACCCAGAAGCAGGAGGGCCUCCUUCCUCUGCAGCAAGACACCCCGCUGGCUCAGGGAACCACCCACGUGGGUUUGGUGGCCCUGGUGAUAACCCUGGUGGUGGCACAUCCUGCCUAUGUAGUCAGGCUGCUGUCACACGGACUGUGCAGAAGGACGGGCCCAACAAGGGCCGCCAGUUCCACACGUGUGCCAAGCCAAGAGAGCAGCAGUGUGGCUUCUUCCAGUGGGUGGACGAGAACGUGGCCCCAGGGACUUUGGGGGCUCCACGCUGGCCGGGAGGCAGAGAGAAGACCCACGGACUGGAGUCCAGAAGCAAAAGAGCCCGGGCCAGUUCCUCAGACCCGGGGUCCACGGCCAAGAGACCACGGAAAUGCAGCCUUUGCCACCAGCCUGGACACACGCGUCCCUUCUGCCCUCAGAACAGAUGAGGGCAGGGCGGCAGAGGAAGGGCCACGUGCUCAGACCCCCGCCCGCUGUCUCAAGAACGCGCUGUGUUCAGGGGGCCUGGGGCUGCGCCUGCCUGGGGUGAGGGGUCAGGCUCCAGGGCGUCCUCUCAGGAAUGCCUCCUCUCCUGGACAGCGGCCCUCUGCCCGGGAUGCGAGUGACCGUGGCCACUGCUGAGCAGGCACAGAAGCCGCUUCCUGAGAGCCCGCAGGGCUGGUUGCCAUGAGCACCGUGGAGAAGUGGGGGCCUAGGGCACUUAGGUUGGAGUGGCUCCGCCCGCAGCUGUGGCCUUGGGCUCCUCCGCCUCCUCCAAAGGCCAGCAGUCGUGGUGUAGGCUCAGGGCAGCCAGGAAGGACUUCUCCACACACAGCCCGAGAGAGGAGGGCGGGAUGCAAGGAAAUGGCUCUUGUUCCAAACUUGUGUCUACAGAAGAAGGCUUCUUCCUCUUUAUGCAGAGCCCGCUGUGGCCAGGACGCUCCCAGCUUCUGUGCCUCAAUAAAGACUUUUACCCUUCGGGUGCACGUGGCGCGGUGUCUGGUGAAAGGUGGCAGGAGCAGUGGGUAUAGACACUAGCCAGUGCUCAAGGGACCACUUGCCAGCCGCUGGCCCUCACAGUGUCCCCUCC